AUGCCGUCCGAAAGCCAGUAUCCUAGCUUGCCGAUCCCAGACGUUGAUCUGUGGGCGUUUCUCUUCGAAAGGAAUGACAGGCCGUACGCAGAUGACAAAGUAAUCUACUUUGAUCCGUACACCAAGCGGUCCUACACAUACGCCCAGGUCAAAGAUGCCGCUAUCAACUUUGGCAAGGGGCUAAAGGCACUCUGGGACUGGCAAAAAGGCGAUGUCCUCGCUUUGUACACACCUAACUGCAUCGACACACCAGCGAUAACAUGGGGUUGCCACUGGGCAGGCGGUAUCCUGUCUCCAGCCAACCCAAACUACACGGUCGAUGAACUUGCAUUCCAACUUAAAGACUCCGGUGCAAAGGGCCUGGUGACACAGUUACCUUUCAUCAAGAAUGCGCAAGAAGCGGCAAAGAAGGUUGGCAUUCCUCUUGACCGGGUGAUCGUGAUGGGCGACCCGAAGGAUCCUUCGUACCAAGUCAAGCACUUCACCAGUAUCAUCAAUACAGCCGGAUCUUCCAAGUGGCGGAGAACAAAGGCUAGCAAUCCAUCGGAGGACCUUGCAUUCUUGGUCUACUCCAGUGGAACCACAGGUCAUCCCAAGGGUGUCAUGUUGACCCACCGCAACAUUGUCGCCAACACGAUGAUGAUCAAAGCCGCGGAGGCUGGUAAACUGCAGCCCACAGGAGGACCAACUGGCGAAGGCGACAAACUGCUGGCUUUCCUGCCCUUCUUCCACAUUUACGGUCUCACGUGUCUGAUCCAUCAAAGCUUGUACUCUGGUCUCCAACUUGUUGUGAUGCCGAAGUUCGACCUGGAGGACUUCUGCAAGUUCAUCCAAGAGCUCAAGAUCACAUUCGCGUAUGUGGUCCCACCAAUCGUUCUGCUCUUAAGCAAACACCCUCUUGUAUCGAACUACGACUUGAGCUCGAUCCGGAUGAUGAAUUCUGGCGCGGCUCCCCUGACAAGAGAGCUUGUAGAGGCAGUUCACAGCAGACUGCAAAUCCCUGUCAAACAAGGAUACGGUCUUUCGGAAACCAGCCCAACAACGCACACCCAACCCUGGGAGGACUGGGACAAGACCAUUGGAUCUGUGGGCAAGCUUCUUCCCUACCAAACAGCAAAGUACAUGUCUCCAGAGGAAAAGGAGAUGGCAGUCGGUGAGGUUGGCGAACUAUGGAUCAAGGGCCCGAACGUCUUCAAGGGCUACCUUAACAACCCUGAGGGAACCGCGCAUGCAAAGACAGCAGACGGGUACUUUAAGACAGGCGAUGUUGGAUACCAAGACAAGGACGGAAACUUCUUCAUUACCGACCGCGUGAAGGAGCUCAUCAAGUACAAGGGAUUCCAGGUGCCACCUGCUGAACUAGAGGGUAUCCUGGUCUCCCACCCGAAGAUCAACGAUGUAGCGGUGAUUGGCGUCUACUCGAAAGACGAUGCCUCGGAACUACCGCGCGCCUACGUCGUACCCAAAGAUGGACUGGGCAAGACGGACGAAGAUGCGAAGGAGAUCAUAGACUGGUUGAGCGCCAAGGUCGCGCACCACAAGAGACUCCGCGGCGGAGUGAGAUGGGUGGAUGAAAUUCCGAAGUCUGUAAGCGGAAAGAUCCUUAGACGGAUGCUCAAAGUGAAGGCGCAGGAGGAGGAGGAUAGCAAGGCGAAAGCGAAGUUGUAG